CAUUUCUUCUUUUUGAGCUCUGACUCAGCACAUAAGACUGUCAGUGUCGGUUUUUCUCACACCAGCCACAUAUUUUUGGACUGACUGCAUAUACCAGAAGCGCUAGAGUGCUUCUUCUGGUUUGGGUCCAUAACUGUAAAACAUAGAAUGUGGGUAUCUUGCUACUUGGCUGUAAUUUUCCAGGGCCACGUUCAUUUGCCGAAAGUUGUUGAAUGUUGCAGAUAGCAUAGAAAUGCCAUGAAUAGAGCCAAUGUGAUUCCUUGUUCUACAUGUCAGAGGCAUGUUUGUUCUACAUAGCCUAUUUGUCGGAACAUUCCAAAAUGUUGGGUCCUGCUGAACACGCCCCAGAUAUUUAACCAUACAUGUAAAACUAAUCUAACUCAUAAAGUACCACCACACACAGGUUGUUACCCACUCUCUCCGUCGUAGGCCAUCGCCACCCAUGUACCCCUCUCAUUGGGCGUGGUGUACACCACCACCUCUCCACGGAAUGCCUGGUAGAAUGUUGGUGUGUUUCAGCGUGCGUGUGACAGAGAAAGGGAGCGGGUACUAGGUAGACAGGUGACUCCCUGAGACUGACACUCCUUAAUCCAAAUGGCUAUAUUUAGAUGGAGGGAGAUGAGGAAGGAUAGAUGUUGCCAUAACAGACUGAUAGAGGUGAGAAGGGUUAUAUAGGAGAGAAGGGAGGUACGAGAGACAAGUCAGUUCAGAGAGAUUGGGUUCAUCUGAGAGAAGGAAAGGAGGGAAGUACUGGGAUACGGACAGAACCCAGCAACCCAUUCCAACAAACUUCUCAUAUCUGGGUAAGGGUGAUACCUCUGUAGAUUUAGUUGGUAGAUGUGUGUACUGUGUAUGUCAUUCAGGAGGGUUCUUAAAACUAAACAUAUCAUAGAAUAUAAUGUAUUUAAAGGCGUUGAAUUUCUUCAUAUUUAACAUGAUCUAAUCUAAAUCAAGAUGGCUGUAAAAGUGAAGCUGUUGCUACAGUGCUGUUUCUCCUACACCUCACGGAGGUCUUCAUUUGACCAACACCUGAUGCAAUGCCACACUGCCAUGUGUAGGCAGCAAACAACAUGGUUGUUUAAACUGCACAUAAUACACAGGAUCAGGUCUGUUCGAGUUUCACUGGAAGGAGAAUAGGAGUGUUAACCGUUGACAAGAUACGCUAUCUAACUGAAGUAGCCCUAAAUGCUGUACUGUUUUUUUAUGUUCUGUUACUGUGAGCAUGCAGGGUACGUUGUGUGUGUGUUUGAGUAUUCCACACAUUGUUCUAAACAGAAUGUAGUUGGACAGGCCUGGCAGGGGUGUGGCUGGCAAUCGGUCACCCAUGCACAUGAUGCACACACACACAAGGAAAGAGAAAUUGGAAGGAGGAAAAGAUUGACACCAGAUAGGUAGAUCAGUGAACACUGAAAUACCUCACCUGUAACUUUAAUCUUUGCAUUUCUGAUAGACACAUUACAAUGGAAAGAUGGAUACACACAACUUCGAAGGUAUUCACUGGUAGUAAGCAUGAAUACAAAAUCAUUCAUUUUUAAUAACUCAUCUAGAUUAUUUUUAGUUAUAAUUGUCAUAGGAUGACUGACCUAGAUUAGAUGUUAAGACAGGAGGCAACCCAGCCCACAUUUCCAGUUUAACUUUCAGGUGUGUUAAUCAUGGUGGUUUGACAGACUGUGGGUAUGUGUGAGAGAAGCCAGCGGCGACACACAGAGACACACCCUUACAUGUUAUUCACAUGCUGAUAACUAGUGGUAUGGAGAACAAAGUCAUUUAUUCAUGCAAAUGAACAUCAACUUGACCAUCAGGCGUACUGUAAGUAACACCUCUUCAGUAUCUGUAACCAAUCUCCUCUCUCUUUCAGCUAUGAGUGAGGUCCUUCCCGGCAGCCAUGCCGGAACUCCAGAGCCAGAGCUCUGCCUGGUCCUCCUAGGGACCAUCGGCUGUGGCAAGACCCUGUCAGGAGACACCCUCCUGGGCCAGCCCUCCUCUGCCUCUCCCGCCACCUCUGGUUCUUCCGCCAGGCUUUGCCAGCUGAGGCGUGGGGCCUCUGAGGGCCGGAGGUUAACUGUGGUGGAGGCCCCUCGCUGGUACUGGAGCGGGGGUCACAUUGAGGCUGGGGUGAGGAAGGAGACGGAGAGGGCACUGGAGCUGGCGGCCCCAGGGCCACACGUCUUCCUGCUGCUGGUUCCUGUCGGCCAGUUCACUGAGGUGGAGCGCAGGGUGCCGGCUGAGCUGGAGGAGGUGUUUGGGGAGGGGGUGUUGAAACACACCCUGGUGCUAUUCACCUGUGGAGACUACCUGAUGGGCCGGGGGGCGGGACAGUACCUGGAGGGGGAGGACCCUGGGCUCAGGGAGGUGAUUGACAGGUGUGGGGGCCAAUACCACGUCAUCAACAACCGCCGACCGCAGGACAGGGAGCAGGUCAGAGAGCUGUUGGACAAGGUGGAGAACAUGGUACAAAAGAACAGAGGAUGCUACAUACGACAAAACACCCUGCAGAGAGAGAUAGAAGAACGAGCGAGGGAGGGAGAGAGGGAACUGAAGGAGAAGGUGGAAGAACAAGCAAGGGAGAGAGAGAGGGAACUGAGGGAGAAGGUGGAAAAACAAGCGAGGGGGAGAGAGAGGGAACUGAGGGAGAAGGUGGAAGAACAAGCGAGGGAGAGAGAGAGGGAACGGAAGGAGAAGGUGGAAGAACAAGCGAGGGAGAGAGAGAGGGAACUGAGGGAGAAGGUGGAAGAACAAGCGAGGGAGAGAGAGAGGGAACGGAAGGAGAAGGUGGAAGAACAAGCGAGGGAGAGAGAGAGGGAACUGAGGGAGAAGGUGGAAGAACAAGCGAGGGAGAGAGAGAGGGAACGGAAGGAGAAGGUGGAAGAACAAGCAAGGGAGAGAGAGAGGGAACUGAGGGAGAAGGUGGAAGAACAAGCGAGGGAGAGAGAGAGGGAACGGAAGGAGAAGGUGGAAGAACAAGCGAGGGAGAGAGAGAGGGAACUGAGGGAGAAGGUGAAAAAACAAGCGAGGGAGAGGGAACUGAGGGAGAAGGUGGAAGAACAAGCGAGGGAGAGAGAGAGGGAACUGAGGGAGAAGGUGGAAGAACAAGCGAGGGAGAGAGAGAGGGAACUGAGGGAGAGGUACAAAGUGAAGGGGGAGGAGGAGAGAGAGACUGUGCUGGAAUCAAGACACGUCAGAAACACAGAGACACGCAGAUAUUGGGGAAGCCAGAAAAGAGAGGGUACGCCUAACUCUGCUAUAGAGAGGAGAAGAGAGGAAGAGAUUGAGAGGAGAAGAAGGGAAGAGACGGAGAAGAGAAGGGAAGAGAUGGAAGAGAGAGUGACUGUGAAACCCUUGGUUAACUGUCUUCGUUCAACGCCAACACCAGAGCCACAGCAGCAUCCAACAGAGCCCCAGAAUGGUGGUCCAGCACUGUUCACGAGGAUCCCAAGUUUCCAUCUGACUGAAGAGGGCGCUACACUCUCACGGAUGUCCGAAGUCAAAGCAAAACCAACCCAGAAAGUUGUCAAUACCCUCUACCACAGAAUCAACAGCUUCGGAGAGACGACAACCUCCUCUCCUUCCUCCUCUUCCAAAUCUUCCUCCCCUGUUUCUAGAACUCCUGAGGCUUCUCCCUCCACCUCCCCUCCUUCAUCCUCCACUUUAACCUCCACUUUACGUAUCUCACCUUCCGCCUCUUCACUGGUGUCUAGAACUCCAGAGCCACCCUCCUUCCCCCUUCCAUCCUCUCCUUUACCCUCCUCCUCCUCCUCCUCCUACACCUCUUCCUCCUCCUCCCAGUCAGAGUUGCGUGUGGUUCUGCUGGGUAGGUCAGGGUCAGGGAAGAGUGCAGCAGGUAAUAUCAUACUCGGUCGGGAGGAGUUUGUGUCUCGACCAGACAUUACCACAGCCGUCACUCAGGACUGUCAGAAGAGGAGAGCCCUCGUUGCCGGGAGACGGGUGGCAGUGGUGGACACUCCAGACUGGUUCCGCUCCGAGCACCCUCCAGACGUGGUCCGUUCCCAGCUGUCCUCCUGUGUGGCCCUCUCGGCCCCUGGCCCCCACGCCUUCAUCCUCUGUGUCCCCGUGGACCAACCAGCCCAGGCAGAGCUACAGGCUCUAGGGGCCCUGGAGAAAGUCUUUGGCCCCGGGGCGGUCCGUACACACACCCUGGUCCUCUUCACUCACUCCGAUCGGUUGAAGGAGAGGGGAAAGGGGGGAGUGGAAGGAGUGGAGAAGUAUAUUUCGAGCCAGAGGAGAGAUUUGUUGGAGUUGGUUGAACGAUGUGGGGAUCGGUAUCAUGUGAUGGAGAGAGGGAGUGGAGGAGAAGAGGAGGAGGAGAGGAAGAGGAGGAGUGUGAGGGAGUUACUGGAGAAGGUGGAGCAGACUGUGAGAGAGGGAGGAGGAGAGUGUUUCUCCUGUCCCCUCUUCCAGGAGGCGGAGGAUAGGGUGAGAGAGAGACAGAAGGAGAUAGCAAGGGAGAGGAGAGGAAGAGGAGAAGAGGUGGAGAGACGAGCGCUUCAUUCCUACUCCAUGCAGCCCUUGGGAGAGACAGAGGAAGAGGUGGAAGAGGAGGAGAUGGAGAGAACGAGAGAGGAGGCGGAGAAGAGUGUGAGCCCCCUGGAAUUGGAGAGUCUUCCCUUGCUCUCGUCCUCCCUCUUGUCUCCCUCGUUCAUGCGUUCCGUCUGGGAUAAAGUGGGAGGAGCAGGAGCGAAGACAUUGGAUGCCAUGAAGUUUGAGAAUCUUCCCUCUCUUUCCUCUCUUCCUUCUCUCUCCUCCAUUACCCCAUCUGCUUCGUUCUCUCGUUCCGUCUGGGAUAAAAUGGGAGCUGGGGCGAAGAGUGUGAGCUCCAUUAAACUGGAGAAUCUUCCGUCUCUCUGGUCCUCCUCUGCCCCGUCUUCCUCAUUCCUUCGCUCGGUGUGGGAGAAGGUGGGUGCGGGGGCGAGUAAGGUCCCCAAGCUGACGGCUGGGGGUGCGCUGCUGGGUGGGGUGGUGGGCGUGUUCUUUGGAGGGCCCAUAGGGGGAGCUAUAGGGGCCACUGCUGGAUCUGUGUUUACUGAGGUGGGGAGAAGGAGAUUUAGCAAGAAGAAAAACUCAGCAGAAGAGACAGACGCCACAGGGAGAAUAGAGGGAGAAAUCUUGGACAAAGUGUUGAAAACCGAGUGAGAAAGAGUCAGAUCCACACAAGUCGAUAUGGAUGUACAGCAUCCUAUGAGAGAUUAUUUGAUAGGUUUCUACCUAUGAUAUAUAUCCACAGGUGAUUGCCUGUGACUGUGCAGACAUUGUAUAUUUGUGAUUAUUAACUGGGUGGGUCGAGCCCUGAAUGCUGAUUUGCUUACAGCCGUGGUAUAUCAGAAAGUAUACCAUGGGUAUGACAAAACAUUUCU